AUGGCUGCCUCUGCAGCUGCGGCCAUGAGCUCAUCUUUCUCACCCUCUAUCUACACCGUCAAAUGCCUACGAUCAUCCAAUCAAAUUUCCCCACUUGAUCAUCUCCACCUUAAAAUGGCCCCUACCCGAAUGCUUUCAUCAUCAUCUCUAUCAAACCCUUGUGCCAUAGAACCCCUACUUUCGAUCAAUGCCGGUUCAAACAAGUUUCGGGUGCUGAGGGUAAGUACUGCCGUGGCUCAAGAAGAGGUGGCGGUGACUGAUGAGAUUGAGCAAGUGGCCUCAUUGGCUGAGGAGGAGCAGCAGGAAGAAAAGAAAGCAGAGGAGCGGGUGCUGUCCGCAGGUGAUGAAGAGUUGGGGGGAGAAGCGACAGCUGAAGUUUCAGGUGGAGGAGAUGAAGGUGAGGAGGCUGUUGCUGUGAACACAAAGCUUUACUUUGGGAACCUUCCUUACAGCGUUGACAGUGCACAGCUUGCUGGGAUAAUUCAGGACUACGGAAGUCCAGAGCUGAUUGAGGUUCUCUAUCAUAGGGACACUGGAAAAAGCAGAGGAUUCGCAUUCGUUACAAUGAGCACUGUUGAAGAUUGUAAUGCUGUCAUUGAAAAUCUUGAUGGACGUGAAUUCAUGGGGCGAACCUUGAGGGUGAACUUAGCGGACAAGCCAAGACCGAAAUUACCUCUAUAUCCUGAAACUGAGUUCAAGCUUUUUGUAGGGAAUUUAUCCUGGUCAGUCACAUCUGAAAGCUUGACGAAAGCUUUUCAAGAAUAUGGAAAUGUGGUUGGAGCCAGGGUGCUAUAUGAUGGGGAGACAGGAAGGUCCCGUGGCUAUGGAUUUGUAUGCUACUCAACGAAGUCAGAGAUGGACACUGCCUUAGAAUCUCUCGAUGGAGCGGAGCUAGAAGGAAGAGCACUGCGUGUAAGCUUGGCUGAAGGGAAACGUUCAUAA